AACUUACUAAAUCGUUUACAAACGUUUACCAUGUUGAUAUCACGCCUAUCAUUUCUCUUGAUAUUUCAACUAUGUUAUUCUGGUGCAAUAUUAGAAAUAAAUAUUGAGAAUAAUUAUUCUAUGGCAAAUGAAUGUAUCAGAAGUAUAAUUAAUGAACAUUACAAGUAUGAAGUUUUGACGUUCUUCCAUUUUAAUGCAAGAAACCUGGACAUUUUACAAGCCAUCCAUGAAACAAAUGCCGUCUCUAUUAUAACUAGAAGUCCGCACAAAAAAAGUCCACUUCACAACAGAGGAUACCUCAUUUACGCAUUAAACGCUGACGACUUCUUAUCACAUUUCUCUUCUUUGGUAGCGGAAGGUACUUGGAAGCCGGAUGCGCCCUUUAUAGCCGUUAUGGAGCACCUGGACCUUGACAAGCUCUACCCCGUAUUCCGCGAGUUACUGAGGGUCCAUGUCACAAAUGUUGCAAUAAUUGACGCACUCACGACUAAUGCGUACUCCUACGAUCCCUUCAGAAACCAUGGCUGCGGGAAAAGUUUCGAUAUUAUCAUAGAAUUGGGAAAGUGCUUCACCCUCACCCCUCCUUAUUUCUUUUCAAAUUCAAACAAAUCUCUUCAAAACUGCACCUUGCAGGUAGCAGCGACCAAUUGGCCACCUUUUACCGUUGAUCGUACAAAAAACGACGUUAAAACUAUCGGAAUGGACGAAUAUAUUUUCUCUGUGUUGGGUGAGCUCGAACAUUUUAAAGUUAAUAUAACUUAUUUUGACGAGUUGUCCGAUGUAGUAUCUAAUGUUUCGCAAGACAUGGAGGUGAGCGGGCCGCUGGGGUGGCUGCAGGAGAACAAGUUCGACGUGGUGACGGGCUGCCAGAUCCUGUUGCCAAACCGCGCCGAGGCAUUCGACUACCUCUACGGACAUCUAGUUAUCGACGACUAUUUUGCACUAUUCGUACGUAAAUCUGGGUUUGUGCCUGGUUGGAAAUUACUUAUACUGGCGUUCAGUCCUCUAGUUUGGUUGCUGCUUUUAGUGACUUUCGUAAUAGUUAUUAGUCUGCUAACUCUUGCAAGUAGAUCCAGAGAUAAAGUUGUAAUGAUAUUCUGUUUAAUAGACAACUUGUUACUGCACACGUGCAGGAUUCGGAAAACAAACAGAAUACAAUAUAUACUUUUUAGUUGGAUUAUAUUUGCUAGUUUAAUUCCAUACCACUAUUUGUCUGUUUUGUAUAGUUUUACCACGAAACCAGUGCAUGAAUAUCAAAUCGGGAUGUUUUCGGAUAUAUCUGAGUAUGGGCUGCGACCCUGCAUAAGUGACGCGUUUCUACUGUUUCACAGAAUUACUUCAAAUAACAAAACUAUGCACUCUCAAACUCUAUACGACGCGCCACAGUCACCUUUGUGUGGCACAUUAAGUGGCAGCCUCGAAAAAGUGGCCAAAUCUGAUGAUAUGUUCACCGUGUUACCGUAUUAUAUGUAUUACGCGAGCAGGUUCGGUGGUUAG